CUCAUAGUGAGAGAGAGUGAGAGACAAGGGACACAGCGAAGGAGACACAAGGCAGCAAGGAAGAGGAAGGCACGGGAUAUAUAUUAUCUGUGGCCGUGUGUUGCACGCUCCCCCGUGCAGAGUGUUUUACCAGCCACUUGCUCCCGGGAGAUUCCGUUCGUGUGGCUGCUGCACUGCUAUCCUUGAUCAAACGACGACGAUGGAGGACGGAUGACCUCGCAAAGUUGCUGAAAAUUGGAAAUGAUUAAUCUUUGCAGCAAGAAGACGGUAGAGAGGUCGCUUUAUUAAGAAAGUUUGAUGUAAAAUGUGAACACAAUGAAGACGGCGGUUUGGUGCGUGUUAUUGAUUUGUUUGUGCGGGCGCACACUAACGGUGGCCGUCGUUGGAGUCCCAAGCGCGGCCACCCCAACGGACACAACUUUACCUUCCUCCCCUGAGUCGGUGACACCAACGAAAGACGAGAGCUCGGAAUUAGUGGAUUGGCUGAUGCGAUAUGGCUACCUCCCGCCCCCUGACCCCUCCACUGGACAGCUACAGGCCUGGACAGCUGUCACUCAUGCUGUGACAGCCAUGCAGAAAUUUGCAGGGCUGAAAGAGACUGGAUUUGUAGAUAAGGAGACACUGACUCUGAUGCAAACACCACGCUGUUCUUUGCCUGACAAUGAGGAGGAGACACUCGGACCCCAAGCCAAUCAGCUCCACCCGGGGCGGAGCCUGAGGAGGAAGCGGGCCAUUGUUGCGUGGACAAGCAGGAACAUCAACUGGAGGCUGGGCUCCUAUCCUGUAACAUCUUCUCUCUCCCGUGAGACGAUUCGCUCCCUGGUGUUCUAUGCCCUGAGGGUAUGGGCAGAGCCAACACCUCUGGAGUUCCAUGAAGUGGCAGGCCCCGAGAUGGCCGACCUACAAGUUGACUUCCUCCGCGGUUUCCACGGUGACGGCUACCCCUUCGACGGAGCCGGGGGUGCUGUUGGCCACGCCUUCUUCCCCUCAGACCCCACCCGAGCGGGUGGGGUCCACCUGGAUGCAGAGGAGGAGUGGGCCUUCCGCCAGCCAGCCUCAGAGGGGACUGAUCUGUUCACUGUUCUGGUGCAUGAGUUUGGCCACGCCCUGGGCCUGUCCCACUCCUCCACGAGGCGCUCGGUGAUGAGGCCGUACUACCAGGGUCCUGCAGGAGACCCACUCCAAUAUCGCCUCGGCAGCCACGACCAGGAACACAUCACCAGCCUCUACGGUAAGAGGAGUCAGCUGCUGGCCUCAGACGCCCCUCGCCUCGCCACUGAGGCUCAGCUGCGCCAUCGAGGCCAUGGACACAGACACAAACACAGUCCCUCUGUAGACCGGUGCAACACCAGCUUUGAUGCCGUGGCCAAGAUCAGGGGAGAGACCUUUUUCUUUAAGGGAUUGAGUAUGUGGAGGGUCAGUGCUGGAGGGUUGGUGUCAGGCCGGGCAGCCUCAGUGCGGAGGCUGUGGGGGGGUCUGCCUCCUGACCUGCCACCCCUGAAGGCCGUGCUGGAGAGACACUCGGACCACGCCAUCAUCUUCAUCAGUGGCUCCCAAUUCUGGCUGUUCAGGGACCUCUUACUCCAGGAGGGCUACCCACAACCACUCUCUGAUCUCAGGGAGGUGUCAGAGGCUGGGACCAGGUCAGAGUCUGGGCCUGGGGGUUUGCCUGGUGCUGGAGCUGGUUCUGGGGCAGAAGAAAAUGGAGGCGUGGAGCAAGGUCUGGUCUGGGACUCAGUGGAGGGACCAGUGUGGGCGGAGACCAGGGAGGCGGGGUCAGGAGGUCAGGAAGAGGAUAGUCAAACCUGGACAAAACUCAUUAGAGACGGAGUGAAUGGGAUCAGCGAAGAGCAAGAUGGCUCCAUCAUUCUCUUCAAAGGACAUUCUUACUGGAAAUUUCCCUACCCAGGCUCCGCCCUAGAGGAGGGGUAUCCUCGAUCCCUGGCUACCGAUUGGCUGGACUGCCCAAACCCAUCAGCUCCUGUCCUGGACGACCUUUCUCUCUCUUUCUCUCCGCCCACAGAACGGCAGGAGCUCCGGGAGAGAUGGAUGGAGGAGAGAGGGAGGGAGGAGAAAGGAGGGCAGAGGAGAGACCAAGGUCUGGACAGACACAGAGGCAGAGAGGGACUGCAGCCCUGGCCAUGCACUUGCAUGAACCAAGCAGUAGAAGGCGACGUGACUCCCUUGAUUUCUAUUCUGGUUUUCACGUUAAUCCCUCUGUUGUUUGAGUGACAUUGGACCACAUCUUAGUUCAGAUCACAGUGGUCCCUUCUCUGGUCUUCAUGAACCCCUUAGCUCGAUAUCAGUGCUGAGGAAUGGGAGUUGUCUGAGUCAUAUAUAUUUGAGACUUCAUUUGUUAAUUGACUCUGCUUCAACAAGACAUUUGGAAAAUUCUGACAAGUCAUGGAACGGUCGGUCCUCAACAGCCCAGACCACCUGGUUGUACAGCCUGAGCUAACUAAGCAGGAAUGCAAUCUGGAACAUUUACCUACAACAUUCUUUCUAGCUGUGCAGGACUUUAAAAUGGAUGAGGAUGUAUUGUCCCACAGUAAACUAUGUAAAAAGUGAUAUACAAAGAUAUGCUGUGUAUUUGUGAAAACUAUGUCAGCAAAACAUGUUAAACAACCUAUUCCCCUCUCAUUAAUUGGCAACCUAUUUCAAGCUUUGUAAUUCAAACAAACUAUCUAUUAACAGUCAAGUCAAGUAUUUUUAUUUGUCAAAUACAAAAAAUGUGAAUAGUGAAACAAUUGACCACGUUGAAAUUCAGUAGUAUCCAACAGCAAUGUUGACAUUUCCUAUGUACCUGAGUGGGAAGAAGUGUCAAAGACCGCAGGGACAGGACUGGCCAAUAAACAAAAAACAAAAUUGGAACAUUCCAAGAGCACUAGCUGUGUUAAAGUCCAUUGAUUCAGACAAACUCAAAAUUGUCUAAGUUGGGGAAGAACCACCCAAUUCUUGUAACUAACACUUACCAUUCAUAAAAAGACAAAUAUUUCAACCCU